AUGGUGCGGCUGCACGUGAAGCGCGGCGACGAGAGCCAGUUCCUGCUGGAGGCGGCCUGCGGCGCCCGCCUGGCCGAGCUGGCGCCCCUCGUCGCCCGCAUCUACAACGGGAGGCUGAAGGUGCAGCGGCUGUGCUCAGAGAUGGAGGAGCUAGCAGAGCAUGGUGUUUACUUGCCGCUUAAUAUGCAAGGACUGACGGAAGAGCAAAUUGAAGAACUGAAGUUAAAGGAUGAGUGGGCAGAAAAAUGUGUACCAAGUGGUGGGAGUGUCUUCAAGAAGGAUGAAAUUGGACGAAGAAAUGGGCAUGCUCCAAAUGAAAAAAUGCAGCAAGUAAUAAAAAAGACAAUAGAGGAAGCCAAGGCAUUAAUCUCAAAGAAACAAGUUCAGGCCAACGUGUGUGUUAAUAUGGAGAUGGUGAAAGAUGCACUGGACCAGCUCCGAGGGGCUGUGAUGAUUGUGUAUCCAAUGGGAUUGCCUCCACAUGAUCCAGUGAGGAUGGAGCUGGAAGAUAAAGAAGACUUGGCGGGGACUCACGCUGGACUUGAAGUUAUAGAAGAAUCUGAAGCACAAUUAUGGUGGGCAGGAAAAGAGCUGAAAGAAACAAAGCUGCUUUCUGACUAUAUAGGCAAAAAUGAGAAAACAACCAUCAUUGUAAAGAUACAGAAAAAAGGACAAGGAGCUCCAGGGCGUGAACCUCUGAUUAGUCAUGAAGAGCAAAAACAGAUGAUGCUCUAUUACUACAAAAAGCAGGAGGAGCUUAAGAAACUAGAAGAGGAUGAUGAUGACUCUUUUCUAAACGCUGAGUGGGCAGACAGCCAUGCUUUGAAAAGACAAUUUCAUGGUGUAAAAGACAUCAAGUGGGGGCCGAGAUGAAGCUCUACGAACACCUUUUUUGCCUCUUUCUGCUGUUUGGUUGAUACGCUUGUUUGCUAAGAGGGGUGUUGUGUGUUAGAUUCUCCUGAGAAAAGCUGAAGUUGUCUCUUCCAUAGCAGAUGCCUCUUUCAGCCUUAGGUUUUCAAUAAAUGUUUACAUUUCUAUGCAACAGUAGCAGCACCUGUCUCUGAAGAUUGGAAUCAAUCCUGUUCGUGUUGAUUGUUCUGUUAGACACUUGUAAUUUGAGUAUUGAAAUAUUAACCUAUUUCAGAGAGAAUAUAUCUAAUAAAUGUGCACUAGGAUAUUGGA